AUGUUAGUUUUAUCCUUUUUUAUAUUUUAUUUAUUAAAUUUAAAUCUUAAUUGUCAAAUUGUGUUACCUGUUAAUGAAAAUAAGUUGGAAGAUUCAAAUGCAUUUUUUUUAGAUGAAAAUAAUAAAAAAGAUGGAAAAAUAUUUUUAACUAAAAAUGAAAAGAAAAAAAAAUUAUUAAAAAUUUUUAAUAAUAAUUCUAAUAUUAUACCUGAUGACAUUAUUAAAAGUUAUAACUCAAAUCAAUUUAUUAUUUAUGCACCUAUAAAAGGUAAAAAAAUUUUUACACGUAUAAAAUAUGAUAGUGUAGCUAGUUUUGUUAAAAAAAGUAAAACUAGAACGGCAACAAAGUCUUAUAAAAUAGAAAAUAAAAAAUUAAGUAAAAAUAAAUCAAACUAUCAAAAUAUCAAUAGACUGGUUGAAAAUAACAAAAUGUCAAAAUCAAAUGAAUUUGAUAACAAUGAACUGGAAUAUUUGACAAAAUCAAAAGGUGUCAUUCCAAUACCAAAUAGACCAAAAAUUAUUGAAGAAGAAAAAAUUUUUUUAAAUAAUAAAAUAAUUAAUAAUACAAAACGAGUUACUUUAAAAAAAAAAAAAUUAUUUGGAUAUUAUAAUGAAAUAACUACUACAACAAUAAAAUUACCUACAAAGUUGGUUACAAAAAUAACUUCACUUUCUAUAUUUAAUGACAAAAAACAACUUAAUAGUAGACGAAUUUUGACAGCAGAUGAAACACUAUUAGAAUGUUGUAUAAAAAGAAAAAUAAGUCUUGAUUGUAAACAAAUAUGUUCAUUUAAAGAAAUAUCAGAUAAAACGUUGGUACAGGCGGUUUUAACAAAUAAAUGCCCUAAUGGAGAAUUAAAGGAGGUCUUUGAAUGUGCCAAUAAUGGUGAUGAUCAUACAAAAUGUUGUUAUGAUCAUAAUGUUCACCUAAUUAAUAAUGGUCAAUGUAUGGCAUUUUGUUCUAAAACUUCUACUCCAAUAACAGAUAUUUUACAAUAUUUUAUUUGUUUGGAAGUUUAA